CGCGGGUAAUGCAACAAAUGCAAGCACGAUCCAUCCAAAUCCCAACGGAAAACGCUGCACGGCGAAGCAUCAAAACCAAUUGCCCUCUGCUUUUUACCUUCAACAAAACUAUUAUUCUACACCUCUCUCUCUCUCUCUUCCCUUAUCUCUCUCUCUUCCCUUCUCUCCCUGUCAUGAGAGGUUUCGCGGCGGAAACCUCGCAAUAACUAGGGAAUUGUUAGAGAAUCUCAGCCACCGAGUUGGUUAGAGAGAGAGAAAAGGGAAGAACAACACAAAAAACUUCAGACCUAGGGACAGAGAAAGGAGGACGAGAAGGGGGAAUUUUGUUUUUGUUUUUGUUUUUCCAUUGUAAGAUCGAUCUGGGUUUGAAAAUUUUCUGGGGUUGAUUUGAUUUUGAACGAUUUUUGUUGGAAAUUGAAAACCCAUGUCGUUCUUUCAUAGAUUUGAAGAGGAAAAUUGAAAGCAUUUGGGGCAAAAAUAAAAUAAAAUAAAAAAUUGUCUGUUUAAUGUGGGUGUCUGUGUAUCAUUAUCACGAACACCCUGAGAUUUUGUGUUUUACAUCAAACAAACGAAAUAAUUUCCUUUAGAAAUGAACGAAGAACCGGGCUGGGAUGGUUCUCCCUCUAAUGCCAUUCAUAUUGCUCCUCAAAAACCAGCUGAAAGGAGGCUCUACCAUGUUUGGAAAGGAAACAAUAAAUUCUUAUGUGGUGGGAGAUUAGUUUUUGGUCAAGACGGGACGUCACUCUUUUUAACAUCCUUUUUAAUUGGUGGUCCUGCAAUAACAUUCUGCAUACGAAUGCUAGUGGCAGUCCGUAGUGCUAAUCAACCUUUUCACUUCCCUGCACUGAUUGGAGGAUUGGUUCUUACAUUUUUGGAUUUUCUUUUUCUCUUCUUGACUUCUGGUAGAGAUCCCGGGAUCAUUCCAAGAAACUCGAGGCCACCUGACUCAGAUGAAGUAGACAUGACCACCCCUUCUAUGGAGUGGGUCAAUCACAAGACGCCUAAUCUGAAAAUACCCCGAAUAAAGGAUAUAACGAUCAAUGGAUACUCGGUGAAAGUGAAGUUUUGUGACACUUGCCUUUUGUAUCGUCCACCACGGGCUUCUCAUUGCUCUAUUUGCAACAAUUGUGUUCAGAAGUUCGAUCACCACUGCCCGUGGGUAGGUCAGUGUAUUGGGCUGAGAAAUUAUCGAUUUUUCAUCAUGUUCAUAUCAACAUCUACCAUUUUGUGUAUAUACGUCUUCACAUUUUCGUGGAUUACCAUUGUUCGACAAACUGGGAGCGUAUGGACUGUCAUCUCAAAUGAUAUCUUGUCAGUUGUCCUUGUUGUAUACUGCUUCGUAUCUGUCUGGUUCGUUGGGGGGCUGACGGUUUUCCAUAUUUAUCUAAUGUGUACCAACCAGACAACGUAUGAAAAUUUUCGUUAUCGCUAUGAUAAGAAGGCCAACCCCUUUACCAAAGGGCUUGUGGGAAAUCUCAAGGAUGUUUUCUGGUCUAAGAUUCCUCCCUCAAUGAUUGAUUUCCGAGCAUGGGUGGCAGAAGAUGAAGAUGCCAGCCUACAAUACAGUGCUUCUUCAACCAAUAGAGGCUUCAUCAUCUCAAAGGAUAAAUUUGACAUAGAAAUGGACAUGAUGUUUCCCAAGGAUGCUAACAUGAAACUUCCUAAUAUGUUGCAAAAUUUGGAUUACACCGAUAUUGAUGAUGAUUUAAAGAAAAAGGACAUUGUAGACCGAAAUAUUGCGUACGCAUUCCCUUCUAUGCAAGAACGGGCCUUACAAAAUUCGAUGUUAAACGAUAUGAAUGAUAAGAGAACUCAGUAGUGCUAUAACUCGAUCUCAUCACCACCAAGAUUUUUGGAGACAAAGGUCUCGUGGAGAUAUUUCCUCCGAAGUGGUAGUAGACGACGGAUUGAGCAUUGAAGUCGACUUGUUUUGAAUAGGGAUUAAGUCUAAAACGGAUUUGGGAGUGGAUUUCAUGAGGAAAUGAUUGUAAGUAAUGUGUAGAAUCAACUCCAUUUGCCUCUUCAUAUCUAUGUUCACCUAAAUCUAUUAUGAAUUGACUCAGUGCCACAAGACUUUGCAAAAAAACCAAAAAAAAAAAAACCUGUACCUUGUUUAUAAUAGUUAAUUGAGCUCAAUGUUGAAGAAAAUAUUUUGAUUGUGAUGUAACAUAUACCUUUGGUGUGACAUUCACUUUC